UUAUACAUUUAUAGGUCAAUGAAAAAAUGGCUUAGUACUCGUAGCUCCUAUGUAUCGUGGCAAGAAAUAAUAUUAAAAUUUAAAUGGCCUUCAGUGAUUUGUGCCACAUAAGUAACGCGUUUAAAAACGUUGAAAAUGAAGCAGAUCUGUCAGACAGAAUUAUGGAAGAAAACUCGAUGGUACGGGAUCUCAUCACUAAGAUUCUGGAUGAGCCAGGACCAACUGAGACAAGCUGCUCUACACAAAUACCGGAUAAGACACUAAGCAGUAUACAUCCCAGCCUAAACCAAUACGCCAAAAACGAUGCUAAUUACCUAUCACCGUCGUACUCUCAAUCGUUUCAAAACACCCCAUACUUUAAUCAGAACGAGAAUGGCCUUUACAUGCAAAAUGGCUUUAACAGCUUCAAUAAUUUCCCAGAAAAUGAUAUUAAUUUUCUUAACAUUGAACCAGUCGCCGAUGACACAGUUUCACCAGAACAACUGAAUUUACUCCGUUUGGCGGCCCAAGAAAUUGGUGGCGCACAGUUCACGAAUCAAACUAAAUAUGACGAUAAAUUCUAUAAUUUCUUCGAGCCGAACCAAAGAAACUCCCUUCCUCAGACAAAUAUGUUCAACUUCCCUCAGAGACCGAGCAGCCUGAAUCUCGAUAUGAAUUAUUCGAAUUUUGACUAUCCCCAAAGAUUCCCAAAUAAGGUUGAUAACACCUACGUGAAGGAUAGCCAGGAGACCACCGAUCUCCUGUCUUACUUGCACCAGUUGAAUAUAUCCCUUGAUCGGAACAGAGAGGAGAAUCCUAUGAACUAUAAAAUGCCGGAUUCAUCAAUCAACGGGCACUUCGAAGACUUUAAAUUGGACGAGAGGAAGCCGCCAUUUUUCAACAGAAAUUUCCCACCGAAGUUCAACGGAGAGUUUUAUAACGACAUGACCAAUCAAAUGCCAGAGAGAGUUCAGAACUUUGAUUUCAACCAGCCGCCACCGAAUUUUAAGCCGAAUGGCUUUCAGAAUGAUUUCAUGCGACGGGACAUGAACCAGGGACCCAGAGAGGGGUUUAAUAUGGAGCCGAGGACGAACUUUGAGAAUGGGGCUAAUAGGGAUCAAAUACGUCAGCAGGAAAUCGCGAGGCAAAUGAAUUUGCUCAUGAGGAGUCGACCACCGCCUAAUCAAUUGAAUGUUGACGUCUCGUUUUUGCAUGAGAAUACACCGUUUAAUCUUGGUAUAGGUGCCCUUCUAGGACCCAGUCCGCCUGUCCCUCCGCCUGUGAUGCCAUCACCUAUGAUGGACUUGCCCCUCCUAGCGCCCUUCUACGCUAUGCGGAAUAUGAGAGGUGCGGUGACGUCAUCAAGUAUCCUCCACGCGCGUUUAGACGCCUGCUAUGAGCAAUGGAAGCAGUUGGAAAGGGAGAGGAAGCGCACGGAGGCAAAAUUGGCCCUGGCCUACCCUGGGAGGGCUGUUUCGUCUUCCAAUUCAAUUCCCGUACCGAGGCUGCCGCCGUGUCCAUCGAGAGUAGACCGAUUGACGGUCGAUAUGCUGAGGGAGCAUACUAAGGUAUUAACAUUAAUGGGAAAGAUGGAGACGUUAAGGGCGAGUGUGUGCGUGGCGUAUAAUAAAAAAUCUAAUAAACACGAGGACGGUAAAAUUACGGUUUUAAAACGCGGCCAGGGGAAUGUUCCUGAUGAUAAAGGAUUGGAUCCGGCUACAUACGACCCCAGUACCUGGAAGGAGGAUGCUAAGAACUUGGCUGAAAUCGCCCCUCACACGGAGAUUGAGAGCGCGAUGCUAGCCUGGCGUAACGCAGUGGCCGGAGUUCAAGCCGCGAGGAGGAGGGAAUUGGCCCCGCACAGAUAUAUGGAUGGACCGAUAGUGGCGCUAGCGGAGGCAGUGAAGCAACUGUGUGUGUGCGCCCGCAGAGCGAGAGCGGCAAUGUGGUGCGAUCUCACUCUCACAGUUGCGCUUGCCCCGCAUCCCAAUCAACAGAUCGAGCAUUCUCCACAGUUUUCGAACCAGCAGUCGCCCAAACGCAUACAGUCCGAGUCACCGACCAGUAACUCAAACAAGGCAACCUCUGAUAAUAAAGAGGAAAAAUCAUCCACCGAGACUCCGAAAGAGAGGGACACAGAAAAGCAGAAACAAAACGACAAAGAAAGACGUCGCACACAAAACUACAGACACAAAGUUAAUCAGAGAAAUGAUUUUUACCAAAAAAAUCAAAGGUACGAUAAUCGUUUUAUGAGACCAUAUCACUACUUGGCCACUGGGCCGAUUAAUUAAUUUAAUUUCUGACAUGUCAAUUCACUUUAUUGGCCGGCUCAUUAACUAUAUUGGAGCUGUUCUGAUCUCUAAAAUGAUUAUAAAAAUUUUAAUAUGGAGGGUGCAUGGUGUUUCUACAGGAUAUCCGUACCUGACAAAUUUGUUUCCGACAGAAAACCAUAUUGUAUUGGGAAUUUUAAUAUUUAGCUUAGUUCGGGGCAAAAUUAUACCAAAUUUGUUGAAUGGGUAUUGUGAGUGCCAAAUGUGAAACUGACUUGGUAAAUAUGAAAAUUCCCCCCCUCCAGUGUUUAACUGGUAACACUGAUGAAAAUGAUCCCUUUUAAUCCACUGCUAUGCUGUUUUAUACCUUUUUACUGAAUCGGUGUUGCCAGGUUUUUAUGUAUUCGAAAUUGUGACGGGAAAUUUUUAUUCGCGAUUUCAAGUGAAUGUUUGUAUUCGCUUCCACUGCGCUGUGCGCAUGCAUUAUUACUUUUUAAAAUAUUAAUGGGCUAAACCUUAAUGGUAUAAUUUUUUAUAAAAUUUUACCGAAUUUCCCGCCACAAUAUCUCUAAUAUUCAGAUAUAUCAUAUCAAUUUUGAAGUACACAUAGCCAUAUUGCAUAGUGCUUGGCGAAUUUUUAAAUUGUGGUAACACCGCAACCUUGCCAAUUGCGUCGGUGUGAGUGCGUAAGGAAUUGAUUACCAACAUUUUCUCACUUUUAUAAAGUUUUAUAAACAGAUAACAUUUUUUCUAGUCACUUUCCAAUUUCUAAUAUUCCGUAUUGAGUCAAAUCGUAAGUACCGUCAAACUUUUACAAUGCCCAGAUUUAAAUUCGACUCACUUUAAAACGGGCCAAUACUCUAUUGAAAUGAAUUUGUACAUCCUCAGUGUAAUACGUAAAUAAAUAUAUUUUUUAACUGGCAACACAUUUAAAGGUGUACAAAAUGCCUAUAUUGCAAUAGUGUCUCACACCGACAAGAAAUACCUUUACAUGUGAUGUUUCUAUGUUGGUUGGAUAUGAAAUUAAUUAGUCUAAGCAUUAAGUGGUUGUCAUGUCGCUGUUCUAAGGAGUUCUAAAGAACAAAAUAAGUAUACGUAAAAGUGGCUAAUUUUAUUUUUUCAUAUGGUAAUACAUCGCUUAUAUUGUUCUUUAGUCUUGGGAUUUUCGGUCUUCGUCAAUUUUUAGUUUUAGUCGCAUUGACAUUUCACAGACUACAGCGUUAUUCGUUUGUAACGAUUGUACGAUUCGAAUUUCGGAACGCGUUGACAGUUGACAUCUGACAAACAGAGUAUAUCGUCUGUGACUUUCGAUUGCAGCUAUACGCUUUAAUACUUAGGGGGAUGUCCCAUUCGAUUAGUUGCAUAAUGUGUUGCACAAAUGUUUUAACUGCCUCGAUGGGCGGUAUUAACCAAAAUAAUUAGUUCAAUUUUAAGUUUUUAGUCAUAAGUGAAAAUGGUUUAUCUUCGAUGCUUUUAGAAUCAAUUUGACAAAGACUAAAUGAAUUUAUGAAUGGCUAUAACUUAUUUUUUUUAACUUAAUGCCUUUAAUCGAGCAUUUUUCCUAUGUGUACAAAAAAUUCAAUAGGUUUGUUUUUGUUUCAAGUUUGGGAGGGGUUGGUAACGCCCGUAUUGUCCAAAUUAGGUAAAUGUGUAGUUAAUUUUAAUCCUACCACAGGCCUAAAAGUUUGACUCGGAGUCAAGUGGGUCGCUCAAUUAGCUAAGGGCGAUAAAUAAAAUGCUUAUGAUAGAGGUUUAUUUAUAAAGGAAUUAGUGAAUUUAGCUUUCAAAGUACAUUAAUCCAGAUAAGUAUACGUAUUCUCAUGUGAUUUUCGUUUACCGUGUGACCGAUUUUUGUAAUACCCUUAAAUCUUUGAAGUUUAACAAAGGUUGGUUCCAAUGUGAGAGGAAUGAUUGCCAUACUUCAUGGGCAUUGUAGCUAGAUUUGUGGGUGCGACAUCCUUAGCUAAGGUAUUAGUAUUAAAAGGUUACCGCGAAAAUAUAUACCAACCCCAUGUUACUUCCGAAACGCUAUUUAGUACAAUGAAUUUGCACUUAGUAUAUUUUAGGGUAGUCAAAGAUUUAUUCGACUUUAAGCACAAUGAAGUUUAGUUUCUUAGCAAAUGUUAGUAGUUAGAUAUUUUAUCCUUAAAUCAAAUUGGAUCGCUGUUCCCGUUGUUGCCAUAUCUUAACUAUUACCUCGAACUGCAAAUUUUCGUUUUAUACGCUAGAUGGCAGUUUAAGCAGCGAUUACGGGAGCCUCUGUCAAUAAAAUUAACAAGGCGUCUUACGAUAAUUGGCUCCUAAUUAGUAGAAUUUCGGAUGUUAUAUUUAUUUGAUAUAUUUUAUCUUCAGCCUAAAGUGCAAUAGUGGCAGCCCUUAGUGCUAAGAACGUGAAAUGUUUAUCCUUGUUGUUGCUUUAUAUCUCAGAAUUUAUUUACCUAGUUUUAUACCGUUUGCCGGCUAUGGAUGCAUGUCUAGUAUAGUUCCACAACUAGCUUCAUUUAAAAUUGCACCCUAUUAGCGUCGUACCAGAAUUAGUUUCGCUCAAAAGUUCCUUCCGUCCAGAGAAAUUGGAAUUUGCAUAGGCUAAGCUUCCAUAAUUGAUGCUCGAAUUUUGCGCGAACUUUUUAACUAAACUAAACUGAAAUAUCUGCGCAUGAUUCGAUUCGAUGUUUUGCUGUCGCUUUUCUGUGUAUUUUUAAUCUUGAUUUGAAUCAGACGAUCCGAACUUUCUACUUGACCAACGCUUAACAGCAUAUCUUUUAAGAAUCGUGUGAUAUAGCCUAAAUAAAAUGUCCUCUAAGUCCUAUUAUAAAUACUAAACCAAAUCUACUGUACUUAAUUUAAUGCUACGCUACGCGGUUAAAUUGUUAGAGUUAACUUAUAAAGGAUAACUUGUAAAGUUAAGUGAUUCGUCCUUUAUCACAAACUGUUGUCCAUUUCCAUAGAAAACUGGGAAAUAGUUUAGAUUAUUGACUUUUGCCAAAAGAGAUAGUUGAUUUAAGUCAGUACCGUGUCGCUCUCGAUUUGUGGAAAGCCUUCGACGACGUAUCAUAUUCCAAGCGUAAUCUAGUUGUCGGGAAACGCGGUUUCCCUCAUAUCUCUUAUAUUAAUAGGUGUACUUAGAUAAUUACAUAUGUAAUCUUCAAUGUUAGAUUCUCAUGGUACUGAUUUGUGACACGACAAAUAUUAUAGUAAAACAUUUUAGAGUUUCUAUUCGAUGCUAGAUGUUAGUAGAUAGUGAAUUUCCUAUAUUGUUGUCUUUUCAUUUAAGACUUGUUCGGAGCCCACCACAGGGAUACGUUUCGGGGCCCUAAUUAUUCAUAGUGUAUGUUGUUGAUGUGCUCUCACGUUGUUUGCUCCAAAUCCUGAAUGUACAAAAUAAGUGACACCGCUAGUGAAUUCUGCUAGGUUUUUGUUAGAAAUCGCUUAUGUACCCUUAGCGACACUGGAAUUGUUCUCUCGUUUGAAAAUAUAUCGUAAGCCUCUACGCGAAACACUUAAUGUUGGUAAUGUAUAAUUAAUUAUCUAAAUGUUAAUCGUGACGAAGAUAUCCCUAAUAUUUAGUUUGAUAAACCGUCGCUUCGAUGUCAGAUGACGCCUGAGAACUUAUUUAUGUGAAUGUGGAACAAUCUUAGAGCUUUAUCGAAUUUGAUAAUAAUUUACGGAAAAAUAUUUAUUAUAAAAAUAAUAACAAUAAAAAAAUAUGUGGUAGCGAGUUUCACUGUUAGAAUAUUCCCGCAACUUAUCGUAAUUCUAUUUUAAACGACGCUAGUUGUGUAGUAAGCCUGCCGUCUCUAGGUAGACUAUACGAUGCUUAUACCGUACACGGUUCAAGAAUCCUCUUUUAGAUAUAUGAGUAUUUAUAAUUAAAGCAUAUUCGAUGUGAAUUUCGGUGUUAUGGUGACGGUUAGGUGUUAUUCGAUGUCUUAUGAGCUAUUUAGUGGCCAUGGGCGCCUUUUGCAUCGUGCACAAGUACUCUAUUGAUAAAUGUUUAAUCUCUGAUACGGGCGGAGGCAGUUGAUAUAAGUUGCCGGUAGGAGGAGUCGGAGUAGUUGGACAAUAAGUGGUCCUGAGCUAUUGUGAUAGGUUGGAGACGGUUGUACCACCUCGGUUACUUUAAGUUUAACGCUUCAACACGGUUUUGCCGUAAAAUAGGUUUUUCUAAUGGGUAUUUAGUGGAUUUGAUAUUUUUUCAGCGGUUGUUUAGCGUGCAUAUAAUAAUAUAGUCGUAACUAAUAUUUUUGCUACUCGCCGAUUUGCGUAAGUUCUGUCCAAUUUUAUAGGAAUGGCAUCAUGAAUUUUUGAUACGUGAGGACCAAAUUGGUUAUUUUCUAUUGGAGUUGUGUUUAACGGAUGAAACAGGAUUUAUUUUGCCAGUUCCUCUUAAUGUAAGUGAGAAUUUCUAAGAUAUUUUUAUAGUUGUAAGCGAUGAAUUAAGUUUUCUCUACUAUGUAGCUACUGUAAGACGGUUGGCGGCGGUUCGGCGUUUCUGUUUGACAUCGUGUCUAAGUCUCGUAACGAUAAACAUGUUUUUAAACGUCUAUGCGAAGUUGAAUGCGAGUUUUGCUCCUGUUUCGUCGAACAGAGUCGUCGAACGAACAAGAGUGCACAAGUAUUAUAAUGGAUGUGCUUUUAGUUUGUCUUCGCAAAUGCCGAUAUCGAAUAUUUCAUUGCGGUGCUAUACAUUUAUCGGUGUAUUGUUUAAGUUUAAGUGAUAAUACAAUUGUUUCCAAUUAUUUGGGUUAUUUAAGAUGCAUACAAAUGUUUUUCAUUAAGAUUGUUACUGUUUUUGUUUAUUGUGAUGGAAUACUCAUUGAGGAGAUUGAAAUUUAACUAUCAAAUACACAAGUAGAAGCUUCAUAUAAAAAUUACGGAACUAUUCAGCGACGUAUCCGAUUUUUUUUUUCAUUUCGGUAAAAUUAUUCGAUUUGAUGGUUAAAUAUCAAUGUCCUUGUGCACAGCACAAAGGUGUAUGGGAAAGCGUUCCUGUAAUGUUUGUAUUUCACGAAUACGCUAAAUUUACUAAAUCGUUGGCUUUACAUCUAUUUUUUAUCGUCCCUGCAUUUUGUUAGUCGUAAGUGUCAUUUGACUUGGUUUUGACAUAACGAAUCUGCAGCGCGUCCCACUGCCAAUUUCCAAAUGCCCAUUAUUGUAUAAUUUUAUCUGUUUUUAUUACGUUUGUUUUUCGCUUCUUAUGCUAACCGUACAGAUGGUACACGCUUUAGGUGGGUUAUUGAGGCCAAGGUGGAUUUUGGAAUAAUCCAAUUUUUAUCGUAUGUGCGGUGGGCCGUUAAGUUAGGUGUGAAGUUCGCUAGUCCUCAAAAUUUCGAUCUGUCCGUAUAGAUGUUUUAGAUAAAUACAAAUUACUGUCUGUGGUGAAUAUCGAAUUUUAUGAGCUUAUAAUCACUCGGGCCCGUGUUUCAAAACGUAUCUCAAUCUGAGUCCCGUCAAAAAUGAGGAAAUUGUUUGCUCAUACUCGAUUCGAAACCACGUUUUGUAAUACGAGCCUUAUUCCUUCGGGAUUGCAUAGUUGUAAAGUUGAUUGAUAUUGCACGUCUCAAAUAUAUAUUAUUCUACUGUUUUAAUCAUUACUAUUAUAUAUUCUUAAUAUAUAUGAGAAAAAUAAAUAUUUUAUUUAUAACAAAUUUCGGGUAUCUGCUUUUACCUCCCAAUUUUACGAAACUACCGUCAUUUUUAGUUUAACAAGGUCUUGUGAGACGUGUAAUAUUGAUCAGUGCGAAAAAUAAAGACGGCAAAAUCGUAUUACUGCAUGAUUUGAAUUCUCCAAAACUAAGGUCGAAUACGUAACAUUCUAAGGGUCUGUUUCACAGUGUACGGAUAAGUUCCAAAUAAGCUAUUUAUUACUUAUUGGUAGGAUAAACCUUAUAGAUUCACGACUAUCAGAUCGCUAUUCGUCACAUAAAGCCAAUCAUAAGUUAUGAGUCCGAUGAAACGCCAACUUUUUUAUUAGGAACUUUUACCUUCCAAAUAAUUUAUGUGUUGCAUAGCUAUUAGGUACUGUAUCCAUACUUUGUGAAACAGGCCCUUAAUCUGCGGUAACUUAUUAAAUUAUUAUUUCCAACGCGUCAUUUCGUUUAUUCCCAAAGGUGUAUAUUUUUAAAGGUGACUUUCGAACUAUAAUGACGUACGUAACUUUGGUGCGUUGCCGGCCUUUUUCGAAUUGGUACAGUAAGAGAACGCACUCGCGAGCCCUGUUAAAAAAAUUAACACAUUUAUGGCCUCUAAUCCCAUGACGGUCCCAUCUGUAGAUAAUAUUCGUACGAUUUUGCCGUCGUGAUAAAUUUCUCAAAGGAAGAAUAUUUUAUAAGAUGCCAAGUAAUCUGUCGCAUGGACCAAGGUACAAGUGUAGCUCACUUCACUUGCUGGCAGUUAGCAUUUUAAAUGUUUAAUAUUUUGAACUCUACAUGUUAGAUCGGUGUAUACAAUAUCUUUGUAAUUUUAGACUUUCACAUUGAUUUUUGUGUUGAAUUCGCCAAAUGCAUUUCUUAUACUCAAAGGAAUGAGACAUUUUUAGAAUUCAACAUUGUGGGUAUAAUAAAUUAGAUGGCGUAGACGAGUGACAGACUGAUUUAGGGCAGGUAUUUAAAGGAUUGUGUUCAGGACAAAAGGUAGACUCUGCUGGUUUGCAGUAUUAAUGAGGGUAGUUGUAAAUUUGUAUGUCUAAACUUAUGGUAUUGUGCAAUAUUGUUUGAAAAUCAACUGAUACCGACUGGUAUUACGAAGUUCAUUGUUAUUUCUUUCAAAUUUUAUUUGUUGUUAUUCUUGCGUGACUCUGUUGAACUAAAUAAAAUUUAGCUGAAUUUUAUAUGUUAAGUAAUAGAAAAUGUAUUUAAGUUAAUUUGUUUCUGAAAUAAUAUUACUGUUAAAACCAGUAACCCAACCUUUUUUGUGCCAUUCCAUACCUAAGCCUUUUUUGAAAUUCAUUUAGUAAUAUGUAAUUUAAUAAAAUAUCGUUUAUAUAAGGAAAACGAAAAUAGUAAGUAAAUUUUUAAAACGUAUAAUGAAAGCCUGAAAUUCUAAUUCUAAAUAAUUUAUUGCAACAUUGGGUUGGUUUGGGUUGAUAUUGUUUCAGAAGCUAUAAAUACAGCAGAAAAUCUGUUAUUGUAUCUUAAUUACAUAUGUAUUUAGGUGUUAUUUUAGAUAUUAUAUAAAACUUUAUGACAAUACUUGGAUGAAAUUAUCCAAAAAUGAAGGCAUCGCCAAACAUAGAAACUAUUUAGUUUUAUACGACCAAUUGUUGUUCUCAAUUCAGAUCUUUUAUUUUUAAAACUAUUGUGUAAAGUAAAUUGUCACCCAAUCAAUUUUAUGUUUAAAUAUACAACUACCCUCACGUAGAACAUUUUAGUCGUAUCGGUGUUAUAGUUGACGAUUUAUUAGUGUUUACGCCAGUGUUAAAGGUGUUGUCCUCAUGAGCAGUCAUAGAUAUUGGUUAUCUCUAUUCAGUAGUUAUGCUAGUUGCAGUCAUGAUUUUUCUUACUAAUAAUUUGUUACUGUUUUGGCACGAUAUUAAUUACCUUCUGACAAAAUAUAUAAUGA